AGGUCAGUGAGUCUCCCUCCCUCAUUCCGUGUUCUUCAACAGCUACUGAAGAGGUUCCCUCAAUCGCAGUCCACUCUGCUGAGCAUCUUCUCCCAGGAGUACCAGAAACAAAUCAAAAGAACACAUGCCAAGCAUCACACUGCUGAAGCUAUUGAAACUUACUACCAAAGGUACCUGAAUGGGGUGAUGAAAAAUGCAGCUGCCCCUGUAUUACUGGAGCUGGCCAAUGAGGUGGACUUUGCCCCAUCAUUGAUGGCUCGUAUUGUGUUAGAAAGAUUUCUACAAGAAAAAGAACAAGCCAUUCCCUCCAAAACUCUUAUAAAUAGUAUGCUACGGGACCCUUCUCAGAUUCCAGAUGGAGUUCUAGCAAAUCAAGUCUAUCAGUGUACUGUGAAUGACUGUUGUUAUGGACCACUGGUGGACUGCAUCAAACACGCUAUUGGGCAUGAGCAUGAAGUCUUGCUGCGAGAAAUGCUUUUGGAAAAAAAUCUCUCUUUCAUAGCUGAAGAUCAGCUUCGUGCAAAGGGUUAUGACAAAACACCAGACUUUAUUUUAGAAGUGCCAGUAGCUGUUGAAGGACACAUAAUUCACUGGAUUGAAAGCAAAGCCUCAUUUGGUGAUGAAAGUAGCCACCAAGCCUACUUGCAGGACCAGUUUUGGAGCUACUGGAACAG